AUGGCCCCUACACCUCAAGACAACAAGGUACUAGAAGAUGUACCGAAGCAACCUAUCAUCGGCGAAAGGGUUGUAAUUUCCGGAAUGUCUGGCCUGUACCCUGACUGUAAAUCUGUUAAGGAUUUGGCAGAUAUUUUGUAUAACAAGGUUCAUCCAAUAACAUCCGAGCGUCAACGUUGGAGUUAUUCCCACCCUGAAGUGUCACAAUGCACUGGAAAGCUCCUUGAUCUUGACCGUUUCGAUGCUCAAUUCUUCAAGGUACAUUUUCGUCUUGGAAACAGCAUGGAUUCAAUGGGAAGAAAAGUGCUGGAACAAACAUAUCAAGCAAUAUAUGAUGCCGGUGUUAAUCCACAACAUCUUGCUGGAAAAAAAGUAGGAGUGUACAUUGGGACAUGUUUCUCUGAAACUGAAAAGACUAGCUUUUAUGUAGCUAACUCUAGGACAGGUUUUGGCAUUGCAGGGUGCAGCAAAACUAUGUUUGCAAAUCGUAUUUCAUACUGGUUAAAUGUCAAACGACCGUCGAUGGCAAUAGACGAAGCCUGUUGUAGCUCUACUGCAGCUAUUGAACAAGCCUACCUCGCCAUGACUCGAGGGGAAUGCGAAGCGGCUAUCGUCGGAGGAACUAACAUAUGCCUUCAUCCACAUUCCUUGAUUCAUCACGGAAGGCUCUUGACUAUUUGCAUGGAUGCGAAAACGAAAUCCUUCGAUCAAAACGCAGAUGGUUGUGCCAAAUCGGAAGCUAUAAACGUUUUAUUUCUUCAGAAGGCCGAAAAUGCGCUCAGAGUUUACGCAGAAAUUGUUUUUGUGAAAACAGAAUUUACGGCUUUACCAAAUGCCGUAACUGGACCAAAGUUUGGAUUUUGUCGUGAUCCAGAUGUCAUAGCGAAUUUCCUAAAGAAGUUGUAUGAAAAUGCUGGAGUGUCACCUGAUGCUGUUGAAUACGUAGAAGCUUUUGGGUCAGCUGUAUCUGAAGCGGAUCGAUCAGAACUAGAGACUAUCGAUAAGGUAUUUUGUAAUAAUAGAAAAGAUCCUCUACUGGUCGGCAGUGUGAUGUCAAACAUAGGUUACAGUGAAGCUGCUACUGGAAUCUCCUCCAUUACAAAGGUAUUACUAGGAUACGAAACAGGUGUACUAGCAGGUAACUUGCACUAUACAACACCUAGAGCUGAUAUCAGUGGAAUCCGCAACGGAAGAAUACGCGUAUUGAGUGAAAAUAUUCCGUUCAGUCGCAACUACACAGCCGUCAAUGGCAUCUCUGUGACUGGUGUCAAUUCUCAUGUACUUUUAAAAGGACACUACAAACCAAAGGAUCUCAGCCGCUACCAGGCUAGUAUACCAUAUUUGGUGACCAUUUCGGGAAGGCAAGAUUCGGCUGUUAAAAACCUUUUGGGUGACUUAAAAUCACGUCAAAUAGAUCCUGAAGAAAUAGCCUUAUUACAUAAUAUUCACCAAACAAACGUUUCCGGUCAUAUGGGACGAGGGUUUGCGAUUUUAGGUGACUAUCCUGAUUACUAA